UGUAAGAAACCUAAAAAGAGAAUCGAAGCACUGUCCACUCGAAAUCACUGAAGUGGACGACGGAGACCUUCGAAGCUCUUCGCCCAUGGCGGCCCCCCUCGUGAAGCUCGCCGCCGCCGCCGCCGUCCUCCCCAACCCCCCCACCCCGGCUCCCCGCGGCGGUCCUCUGUAGCCCCGCCGCCGCCGGGGCCGUUUCGGGGCGGUCAAUUUGGAGCUCCGGUGUUAGCUGGGGAUAGAGAUUUCGCUACCUAUCUUGAACUAUGGAGGACCAUGGUAGUUUGGAGAGCUUUAGAGUUACGGAAAAUGGUGCCGCCUCAUGCAGCGAUAGGCCAAUGAACCAUGUGAGCAAUGGCAGAGAGAGCGAAAAUCUAGACGUUGAACUUUUGGCGGAUUUGGAAUCUUAUUUGCAAGAUAUUAAUGAUAGGCUUACGAUUUCGAGAAUGGUGAGCGAUUCUGUCAUCAAGGGCAUGGUGAGUGCGGUCGAGCAGGAGGCUGAGGAGAAGAUCGGUGAAAAACAGUUGGAGAUAGCUGGACUGAGGGCAACAUUGCGUGCAUGUCAUGCCGUGGAGGACAGGAAUAAGCUUUUGCAUAUUCCGUUGUCACUGUUGAAUGAGGUGACUACCCAACAGGACUCAGUUUUGGUCAUCUCAAACCCUCAUAAAGACCAUGACGGGAAUUCGGAUUUUCUGAGGAGCUGUAUAAGUGAAGUGAAAGAGCAGCUAGCAAAACUCAAGAAAGAGGUAAACAACGUUAAAGGUGGAAAUCGUUGUAGGAGGAUUAAUUCAGGUGAUGAAUUGGUAGGGUUGGGUGGUAUCUUGCUGGAGGAGGUGUCUGAAAGAUUGAUUGGUGUGGAUAGUACGUUCGAUGGUCUCCAGAAUACACUAGAUUCUUUCUUCAGCCAGCUGAAGGAUAUGGUUCACAUAUCUAAGACGUCACUUCGCGUGAUGCAGCAGGAAUGGGAACUAAGAGCAGAAAUUGAGGCCAUUGUGAUAACCGACUACAUCAGGAGCCUCCACAGUGAGUUUGAGAGGAAGCUUUGGGAUCAUAACAGUUAUUCUCGAGGGUGUGAAAACCUCAGUUCCCUGAAGAAGAUGAAAGAAAUAACUGCUCUACGUGAGGAACUAGUUGUGCUUUCUAAUCUAUUGUCCAGUAAUGAUAAUGGGCAGCUAAUUUCUCAAGUGUCCUUGGAGGAUGGUGAAGAAUGUUUGAUUAAUAAAAGAACUGAUCACUUGAAUCGGAAACUGUCAGGUAACCAUUUGCCAUCAGCUUCUCCCUGGGAGGGUAGUGGCAAGCAUGAUGAGCUAAUAAUUACUAUGCCAGAGAAUUUGGACCCAGCGCAACUAAAACAUAUGGGAAGAGAUGAAUUGAUAGGUUAUUUCAAGACUGAGAUGACCAAAAUGAAAAGAUUCCAUGAGUCCAAGAUACAGGAGAAGACUGAAGAGGUUUUUAGUCUCAAGCGAGAAUUCUUGAAGGAAAGAGGACCUUCAUUGACUGUCAGAAAGGACAAAGAAUUUGAAGGAUUGAAGAGAAAAAUCCCUGAAGUAGUCCUGAAGUUAGAUGACAUUUUGAUGGAAAGUAACAAUGAACCUCAAUCUAAUGGUGAUGCUGGCAGUUUGGGCACUAUGAGGGAGAGAUUGGAAGAUCUUCUGGCUGAAAAUCACCAGCUAAGAGGCAUUCUUUCUGAUAAGAAAAAAGAGGUGAAGUGUCUUCUCUCACAAAUUUCUGAUGAUGCAAAGCAAAUCUCUUCUCAUUCUUCCGCUGAGGCAAAACUGUUGGAAACGAUUAGAAAUCUCACAUGUAAACGGGAAGAUGCACAAGUUGAAGCUUCCAUUUCUGAAGAGGUAUACAAAUGUAUUGUCAAGGAGAUGAUGGCAUACAUGCACCAUAUUUCUGGCAAUUUGUAUAAUUGGAAAAGUAUCAGGGAAGAUGUUCAUGAAAUUGCUCAUGUUGCUGAAUGUUUGUGCCAAUCUGAAUUUGAGAAUUUGAAUAUCGAGUCCGUUGUUAUGCAAGGGUUGGAUGGAAUGAUAUAUGCAGAAGUUUUGAAGGAUGCUAAGAAGAAAUUAUGUCACUUGAAUGAUUCGUACAUUAACGAAAUGAAGCUCCGAGUUUCACUUGAAUUGGAAGCAAUGGAAAGAGAAAGAUCACUGGUAUCAAAAAUUUCAGAGAAUGAAAAGCUAAAGCAGGAGAUAACACAGUUGGCGGUGUUGGUGGAAGAAAAGGAGAAGUUAGCUCAGGAAACAACUAGUGAAUUGUCUAUACAGAUGAAACAAUGCGAAAUAAUAUCUCAAGAGCUUGAUCUAUUGAGAGCUGAAUCAAGUAGACAGCAAAUCCUAAUUGCAGAGAUGAAUAAAGAAUCAGAACUCAUAAAAGGUAACCUUGCUCAAGGACUUGAGCAAAUCAAAACAUAUGAAACGGAGUUGAACAAUCUGAAUGAGAAGUUAAAUUUAGCAGCCAAAAAGUUGAGUAAAGCUAAUGAAGAGAGAGGCUUGUUUCUUGCGGCUACUCAAGAGAAGGAGAAUGCUUUACUGUUGCUUAGAGUUAAAGAAAGAGAGAAUUUGGAACAGCUUGAGUCAACAACUGGAACUAUCCAUGAAUUGCUGAAGAGAGUAACUGACUUGGAACAGAGUAUAUCAGAAGAUAUUCAGAGGAAAAACACAAGGUUGGGUACUGUGGGGUCCCAACUGAGUUCCCUUAAGCAGAAGGCUGUUGCACUUAGAAGAAUGGGAUCUAUUUACGAGCAGAAACUUGAAAGAAGAUGUUCAGACCUCCAAAAAGCUGAAGCUGAGGUCGAUCUCCUAGGAGACCAGGUGGAUACACUUCUGAAUCUCCUGGAGAAAGUUUAUAUUGGUUUGGAUCACUACUCUCCAAUUUUGAAACAUUAUCCUGGAAUUAUGGAGGUCCUGAAGCUUGUGAGAAGAGAGUUGACUGGGGAAUCUUUAAAGUUUAUUUGACAAAUUGUCUGAUAUGUCAAUGCUUCAAACAGAAGCUCAGACUGAUAAAAUAGUACAGAUCCCAUGCUUUGGUCUCUUUCUACAGCAUCCGCGUCUUUUGUCAUUGUUGCAGUUCUGCAGCGCCUCCAGUCAACAACUUGUCGUGCUGCUGCAGACAUGGAUCUUUUCUGUGGAUAGUAUGCCUUCUUUAAACGAUUAUAGGGAAGAUUAUGAUGUCAUAGGACAAAUGGCUUCUGAAGAACAAGGCAAAAUGUAGAUGUCUCAUACAGACCCAUGUAAAUUUGAGGAAGAAACUAGGAAGAUGCCUGCCGAUUUUUGCUGUACAAAGGUGAUGCAUUGUUUUUGGACGUCGAGGAGCGUUCUUUUGUCCACUGGAGCCAAAUCUUCAGGUCCAUCUUAUUUUUA